AAUGGCUGCCACGAACCAAUAUUUGAUGGAUGAGGGCUUCACAAUUUAUCAAAAAGCAAAGCAUCUCACUGAUGUUGAAAGUAAAAAUGAUCCUGAAAAUGAACCUUACAAGUCCCUGUACGAGGCAAGACAGUCGUGGGCUGAACUGAAAGCUAAACUGGAGCAGUAUCUUAAUGAAGGUGGUGAUGAAAACAGUGUUCGGGCAACUGGCCUCCGAUUGGCCGCAGUGCAUUUCUAUAUUGGUAUGAACUAUGCAGACACUGAUGAAACUGGUUCCGGGGAAGAGCAUUUAAAUAAAUGUGUGUCAAUGCUAGAGUCGAGAGGAACUGAGGAAGACAGUUGCAAUGUUCUCCAGAAUGCACUAAAUCAGCUUGGAAUUCUUUGGACCGGUCGACGACAACCAGAGAAGUCACUCGAGUAUCUGCAACAAGCAGAAAAUUUGUAUCUGAAAUUCAAGCAUGAAGUCGGAGGUGCUCCUACCUCGAUUGAUGAACUUUUUGAUGCAGAGGCAGAAAAGGAAUCGAAAGAAGUAAUUGAACAAAAGCGGAAUGACAUUUUUGAAGAAACAUACACAAAGACUUUGUACUAUCUUGCUCAGGUUUAUGGACGAUUAGAGGAAAAUAAAAAGGCUGCUUUGUACUGUCAAAAUACCCUGAAACGCCAACUCGAAACAAAGAAAUAUAAUCCUUAUGAUUGGGCCUUGAAUGCUGCUACUCUUGCACAAUACUACAUUGUAAAUGAAGAUUUUCGCACAGCUCGUCACUGUUUGGCGAGUGCUUCUCUGAUAUUCAAUGAAGUACCUGGAGCUGAAGUUGAGGAUUUUGGACCUCCACCUGAAACUGGUGGUCAAGCUGAUAUCGAUGCUUAUGAGAAGAUACCAAGAGCAAAAUCCGACUUGAAACGAUGCUGGGCCAAAUAUGGUUUGGCUCUAAUGGAGUAUUCUAGGGACAAAAUGAUGGUUGAAAUUGAGGAGAGCCAGGAGAAGUUUGAUGAUGCUGAUCACAAUAGAGAUGUCAAGGAGGUUGCUGCAUCUGAAUCUAAUGCCGAUGGCGUUGCUGGGGAUGGUGAUGGUGAAUCAGCGUCAGGAGGUGCACCAGAGGCAUUAGAUGAUGAGAAAAAAGUUGAUGAGUCUGCGGCUUGUUUUGACCUUGAACUAACUGCUGCUGAAGGAGUGAUUACAUUUGAGAUGGCUCAAAAUUUCAGUGAAGCCAGGGAACUGUUUCUCUGUGUGCAGAGGUGGUUGAAUAAAGCCAAAGAAUUUUAUGCCUUAGAUGGACACUGUACUGACUACGUUGAACUUGUUCAAGAUUAUAGUAGGGCUUUUAAGAUUUUGGCAUUCUUUGAACCAGAUUUUGAAAGGCAGUGCAAAAUGCACAGAAGGAGAAUCACCAUGCUCACUGAAACUUUGAAUCAGCUCAGUCAGCAACAUUACCUUCUGAUCUGCAGGCAACUGAUAUUUGAAAUUGCUGAAACAUAUAGCGCCCUUGUUGAUAGUAAACUUGCCAUGAUUGAGAUGCAUGAUCAACCUCCAACAAUGACUGCUGUAAGAAAGAUCAAUGCCCUUGUGCAAGAAACCAUAGAUUACUUCAACAGAUACAUAAAUACGUUGAGACCAACUCCAGACAAACCACUCCCCGAUGAAUUCUCUGAUAAUGAUGUCCGACCAGCUCUUAUUGCCAAAUUCUGCAUGGGUCGAUUGUAUUCAAAGUUCAUUGAAUAUGUACCUCAGAAGAGGCUUGCUAACAUGAAUAUGAGCAUCGAACAUUAUAAAUUUUUGGUAGAUUACUGCAAGCUCCACCCACAAGCAGUGGAAGUUGUGGAAACCGAGUUGGAUGUGUGUCGAGAAAUGGUGCAGUUGUUGCCUCUGAAAAUGGAAAGAUAUAGAGAACAGGCUAGCCUACUGUGAUGGGCAUGAUUUCCUUCAUGUAGUAGCAAUUUGUCAAAAACUCUGAUAUAACGAGAUACAAUGUAUUGACAAAUGACAGAACAAACAUGUAUAAUAAGCUGAAUCCUGCUUCAUGUGUAACAUUGGACGUGUUGACAUCUCAAUGAAACUGUAUACCGCUGAGCUAGCUCUCAUGCUUUCUGCCUGUGAGUGUGAAUGAAUUUCGUUUAGUGUUCUGUAAACUGUUCAUUUCCUGUGCAGAAUAUUUUGUGUUGAACUACAAUUUGUUCAUAAAAAAAUAAUGUAGAUGCUGACUUCAUAUCCAGGCUACAAACAUGUAUACACUGGGUCUGGAUGGAGUCUGUAGUACGGUUUAUGCUAAAUAAGAUUUUUAUUCAUAGAAAUUGUUUUAAAUUCUACAGAAUUGU